CAAAGAAAGGUGAACGUGUUUGUGAUUUUAGCUAUAUUUCAUUUGUAAUAUCUAUAUAAAAAAUAUCAAUAAAAUCGUGCAUUUGAGGACAUUGUGAAUUUGUACAUUUUUUGGUUUUUCUCAAAAGUAAUUGUAUUUCACUCAAGUCGAACGUCGUAAAAUAAUCGAUUAAAAAUGUCGAAAGAGUUUUGGAUAGCUCGGCGAGACGUCACCUACGAACAACUCUAUAUGUAUCUUAAACUAACUAGAUCCUUACCAGGGUUAUACCUAUUGGCACCAAGUGAUAGUCGUACUUUAGCCUUGGAUGCAUAUUGGGAUACAUGUGCUAAAAAGUUGAACGCUGUACAAGGCGGUACUGUAAAAAGUGCCACUGGUUGGUCGCAGUAUUUGCAUUAUGUGAGAUUUCGCGUAAAACAAAGGAUCACUGAAAUAACAACAGGAAAUAAAAUAAGCAGAGUCCCAGAAGAUGAUUAUAUUCCGACAUCUGAAGUGGACAGAAUGAUUAACAUAUAUUUAACUGCGAUCGAGGACGACAAUAGUGUUCCUUACGAGUUUGAUCCAACAAAAAGUCGCUUUUGGGAGACUUGUGUGUCGCAGUCGUCAGCACCGCUGAAACGUCGGCUCUCCGCGUCUGAUAUUGUUAUUCCGAAGCGCAUUAAGCAGAUGCCGGACUCUGAAGAUGCAAAGUAUGAAAAUGCUGAAGGUAACCUUUCAGCCGGCUCCGGUGCUCAGCCUAUUCCUAAGAGACGCCCGCGCCGCGUCUUUGUCCAAGCCUGCAAAACGAUUAAAUACUGUUCAAUAAAAAAACCGAUGAAGAAAAGUUCAGGUGUGGGCUUGCGCGGCCGCAAGCUUCGAUGCAUUGACGAUUCAAGUGACUUCGAUAUUGAAGUCCCGCCUAGCCUUCGUCGUUCUCAAUCAUUCACGGAUCUGAGUGAUGCGAUCGAACAUGAUCGCAAAGUGAAGUUGGAGAUCAUGGCUGAAAGAAUCAAAACUGAUCCGGUGUCAGUAAAGAAACGGGAGGAAGAAAGGGUUAAUUACGUUCGCUUCGUCUCCCUUUUGCUGAGGGCAUGUUUGAUUGACUCCUUUCGUAUUCUGUCCUAUACGAGCGUCCUUAGAGAGAUUUUGAACAACAAUCCGCAGUUUCAAAAAACUAUCAGCGAUAAUCCAACCAUCUUUUAAAUAUUAAGAUCGUGGACUUCGAUUAACAAUAUACUAGUUGAUCGAUGAUAUCCUCUCUAUCCUGUUGCCUAUUGAGCACAAACGAUAGCUUCUAACUUCUUUACUUUAUUUUGUCUUUGGAACUGCUUCUUGGUAUAUUCCUUAUUAUUGGUUACUUAAAUCUUCUUCUGUGGUCUAUCUUUCUAAACCUCCUUUAUCUUAACUUAUAUUUUAGAUUAUUCGUAGAGUUUAAUGGUAUAAUAUAAUCAUUUUAUGAGUGUUGUAAUACAGUAGCAUGCUGACGCUUUUACUAUGGGAUGCAACGUCAUCAAAGUUUGCCUUCGCUUUUAAGAUAUAUGUGUGCCAAAUAAUCAUUGGAAUUAAAGGAUCUCAGAAGUCGUAUUAUAAUUUGUAGAAAAGUAGAUGUUAUUUUAACCAGUUAUCUAUGAUUUAUGUACUGGUAGUGUACUUAAGCACAAACUUGGUAAUGCACAACAGACGUCUGCUCUCGUCGACGUUUCCGAUAGUACUGAUAUUAGGUCAGUUUUGCCCGCUAUGAUCAUUUAGCCAACAUUGCCGCACUCUACACAGUCGAUUAUGUAAUCUGAGUGAUAUAUUAUAAAUUGUGAAGGUAACCACCGAGAAGAAUGAGAAAGAGCUUGUAUAUUGGAGAGAAAAGAAAAGAAGACUCUUGUUAUACAAGCUAAGGAAACGUCCCCGUUUUAUUUUACAUUUAACUGUAUUUUAUUACUUUUUUAUUAAUAUUCUUGAGCUUUAAGUAGAGUAAAAUCAUUUAAGGCCGUGUUCAGACUAAAAGUAUUGUCGAACAGUGAGCGAGCAAUUGUUCCAAACAUUCAAUUAAAUUUUGAUCCGAUGCUACCUACGCAUCGAGCUUGCUCAGUCUGCGACUUGAACAGGGCCUAAUUUUGUUAAGACUUGUCGUUUACGACAUAUUUAAACGCAUAAGAGCUAUGUAAAUGAGGAGCUAUGAUUCAAAAUCAAGUUUUAGAUAUUUUUAUUUUAUGUUGAGAUAGUAACAUGAGAUUCAGAUGUCUACGACCUCCUUUUUUACCUGCGCAGGUUCCCGUAACGUAGCAAUGGCUACGUGCUACGUCGUGCUACGUAAGUUUACAUUUACGAAAAAUGAAAUUCAUGUCAUUAAUUACAUAAUUCGUUCAUUAUUUCGAUUGAAAACUUAAAAAAAAUGCUUUUUGUAUUUUUUUUUUAUUUUUGGUCUUACGUAAAAUCUCAUGUUACUAUGUGCGUUUCAAAAAAGUUUUUAGCUCAAUUAGUAGUCUAGAAAUGUAGAAUUAUACACCUCCUUUCUUUUUUUCAAUUAUUUAAAUUCGGAAGUUAAUAUGGAUGUAUGGAUGGUUGUUAGAACGCCUAAACGGCUGAACGGACCUGAUGAAGUUUGACACAGAUGUAGAACACAGUCUGGGAGACCUCAAAGGCGACGAAGUCUCCUUUUAAAUCCGUGCGGACGGAGUCGCGGGCAGAACCUGUAUGUAAUAUCGGUGUUUAAAUUCUGUCAACUUCUUUAGUAGUCAUGUAUCACGUAGGAAAGACUAAAGUCUUUAGUAAUUAUUGAAUAAGAUUAUUAAAAUAAUUUCCAAAUUAAUGUUUAGAAAAUGCUUGUAGUAAGUAGAUUGUACACAAACAUUACGCUUAUUUAUU